AGAGCCAUCUUAUGGAAAAAAAACGAACAAAACUUUCUUUUGGUCAACCCAAUAUUUAACUCUGGUUGACCUUAGAAAACCACAUAAUCUAUUGGUCUUACAGUGGGCACACGGAAAAGAGGAGGCUAGAACAUAGAGACAUAGACUAUAACAGAGAAAAAGGAUGAAAUAUAUUUUAAUGUAUGGGAUUUUGUGAAAAUAUACAAAUAUGAUUUAGAUAGAUUAUCUGAAGCAAAAAGAUAUACUAACAAAUAAUUACAAUGACAAAUAAUAAGGAAUAUAUAAUCAUAUGUUAGCUUAUACAGAGUACCAUGGGAAUGCAGCAUUAACACCACCUGCAGAUGUGGAGGAAGGCUUCACAGAGAAGGCAUUUUUUUUUAAUCGAUCACUGUUUCCAAAAAAAACUAAAAUACAAUUUGGGAAAUGUAUACUUAAUCCAUUAAUUUUUCCUCAACUUUAAUGAUGAAUUUAUCAGUCAAAAGAAUUUGGUAUUUACUUGUAAAUCUCUAAAAAUCAUGAUAAAUUAAAAUGAGCUUUUAAAAACAGGUAGAUCUCAUAACACUGAAAGUGCAGUUUAUAAUACAGCAAAAUUAAAUACAAUAACCAUUUUAAAUGACCUAUUAAAUUCUUUGUUCAUUUCUUUGACUUCAUUUAGCAUUGAUCUAACUCAGUGUGGAAGGUUACAUUCAUACAAGUUUAAACAGCUUAAUGAUUAACUAUAUUCACCUGCCAACCUUACUGUUUAUGUGGCAAAUAGUGUUAUAUAGAGAGUUCAGAAGUCUAGGUAUGCUUGCAGGAAAAAAAACGAAUUCCAAAUCAUUUUAAAGUCAAUAAUUAGGAUAAAAAUGUACCCUAUUAAGCUCUUUCUUUUUAUUGCUCCUCUAGUUAUUUCUUCCAGAAUUGACCAAGAUUAUUCAUCAUUUGAUUCUGUAUCUCCAGAGCCAAAAUCAAGAUUUGCUAUGUUAGAUGAUGUAAAAAUUUUAGCCAAUGGCCUACUUCAGUUAGGACAUGGUCUUAAAGACUUUGUUCAUAAGACUAAGGGCCAAAUUAAUGACAUAUUUCAAAAACUCAACAUAUUUGAUCAGUCUUUUUAUGACUUAUCACUGCAAACCAAUGAAAUCAAAGAAGAAGAAAAGGAACUUAGAAGAACUACAUCCAGACUGCAAGUCAAAAAUGAAGAAGUAAAGAACAUGUCACUUGAACUCAACUCAAAACUUGAAAGUCUCCUUGAAGAAAAAAUUCUACUUCAACAAAAAGUGAGAUACCUGGAGGACCAAUUAACCAAUUUAAUUAAAAAUCAACCUGAAAUUCAGGAACACCCGGAAAUAACUUCACUCAAAACUUUUGUAGAACAGCAAGAUAAUAGCAUCAAAGAUCUUCUUCAGAUCGUGGAAGAACAAUACAAACAAUUAAAUCAACAGCACAGUCAAAUAAAAGAAAUUGAAAAUCAGUUAAGAAGAACUGGUGUUCAAGAAUCCACAGAAAAUUCUCUUUCUUCUAAACCAAGAGCACCAAGAACUACUCCCUCUCUUCACUUGAAUGAAACAAAAAAUGUAGAACAUGAUGACAUUCCUGCUGAUUGUACCAUCAUUUAUAAUAGAGGUGAACAUACAGGUGGCAUCUAUUCCAUUAGACCCAGCAACUCUCAAGUUUUCAACGUCUACUGUGAUGUUACAUCAGGUAGUGCAUGGACAUUAAUUCAACACCGAAUAGAUGGAUCACAAAACUUCAAUGAAACUUGGGAAAACUACAAAUAUGGUUUUGGGAGGCUUGAUGGAGAAUUUUGGUUGGGUCUAGAGAAGAUAUACUCCCUAGUAAAGCAAUCUAAAUAUAUCUUACGAAUUGAGCUAGAAGAUUGGAAAGACAACAAGCAUUAUAUUGAAUAUUCUUUUCACUUGGGAGAUCAUGAAACCAACUAUACACUACAUCUAGUUGAGAUUGCUGGCAAUGUCCCCAACGCACUCCCGGAACACAAAGAUUUGAUGUUUUCUACUUGGGAUCACAAAGCAAAAGGACACUUCAAUUGUCCAGAAAGUAAUUCAGGAGGUUGGUGGUGCCAUGAUGUAUGUGGGGAAAACAACCUAAAUGGUAAAUAUAACAAGCCAAAAGCAAAGACUAAGCCAGAGAGGAGAAGAGGAAUAUGCUGGAAGUCUCAAAAUGGAAGGUUAUACUCUAUCAAAUCAACCAAAAUGUUGAUCCGCCCAACAGAUUCAGAAAAUUCUGAAUGAACUGAGGCAAUUUAAAAAGCCAAUAAAUUAAACAUUAAACUCAUCCGAAAUUACUGUGGUUUAAAAAUCUGGUAUUAAAUCCCUAAUAGAAGGCUUUAGAAAUAAAUUCUUUAUAUUAAAGCCACUACCAACUUAAUAUUAAACAUAUCAUCACAUCACCUCAAAGAACACCAUUUACCUUUCUCAAUCAAAAUUCUUAUGAUCAUUUAUUCAUAUAUUUUGUGAUGUGCGAAUCAAUUUUAGAUGGUCACAAUCUGAAUUGUAACCAAUGGGUGAAUUUUCAAAUAACCUUUCUAAAUAAAAAA